AUGCAAGAUACUGAAAAUGCAAACGAAUGGAUUAAAUGGAUUGAAGAAGUAGAUUCUGAUAAAAAAUAUUUUAAAUUUUACGAAUAUAAACAAUUUAAUAAUAUUCAACAUGUUGGUACCGGAAACUUUGGAAAAGUUAUUUGUGAGUUAAAAAUUCAACAAGAAGUUGAUUUUCAUGAUAUUGCUACAGAGUAA